GGAGUGUAAUCUGAGAUCUCAAAAGGCAACAAGAACCAUUUCUUGACUACUCUGGCAGGUCUACGCGGGCCGAAGCGAGAGUUUAAAGCUUUAGAAGUACACAAUCCUGAUUCCCUUUUGCAGCGGCAAGGCCGGAAGAGGAAGAUGCCUAGCUCGGACUUGCUGAUGUUGAAGGUCUUUGAGCCCUACUUUGAGAUUUUGGAAGUGUACUCCACAAAGGCCAAGAAUUACAUCAAUGGGCACUGCACCAAAUAUGAGCCAUGGCAGCUAAUAGCAUGGAGUGUUCUGUGGACCCUGUUGGUGGUCUGGGUAUAUGAAUUUGUCUUCCAGCAAGAGAGUUUAUGGUCAAGGUUUAAAAAGAAAUGUUUUAAGCUGGCCAGGAAGAUGCCUUUUGUCGGCCGCAAGAUCCAAGAGAAACUGAACAAAGUCAAGAGUGAUAUUAAUAAGAACAUGUCCUUCCUGAAAGUGGACAAGGAGUAUGUGAGAGCCCUGCCGGCCCAGGGUCUGAGUGCGGCCGCCGUGCUGGAGCAGCUCAAGGAGUACAGCGCGAUGGAUGUCUACUGGCAAGAAGGGCGCGCCUCGGGAGCUGUGUACAAUGGGGAGGAGAAGCUCACAGAGCUCCUCGUUAAGGCUUAUGGAGAUUUUGCAUGGAGUAACCCACUGCAUCCAGAUAUCUUCCCUGGACUCCGGAAGAUUGAAGCAGAAAUUGUUAGGAUUGCUUGUUCCCUUUUCAAUGGAGGACCUAAUUCCUGUGGCAGUGUAACCUCUGGCGGGACAGAAAGCAUAUUGAUGGCCUGCAAAGCCUAUCGGGACCUGGCCUUUGAAAAUGGGAUCAAAACCCCAGAGAUGGUGGUCCCCCAAAGUGCCCAUGCAGCGUUUGAUAAAGCAGCCAAUUAUUUUGGGAUGAAGAUUGUGCGAGUUCCCCUGAACAAAACGAUGGAGGUGGAUGUGCGGGCCAUGAAAAGAGCCAUCUCCCGGAACACCGCCAUGCUUGUCUGCUCCGCCCCACAGUUUCCUCAUGGUGUGAUCGACCCUGUCCCGGAAGUGGCCAAGCUGGCUGUCAAGUACAAAAUACCUCUGCACGUAGAUGCUUGUCUGGGCGGCUUCCUCAUCGUCUUCAUGGAGAAGGCAGGCUACCCACUGGAGCAGCCGUUUGAUUUCCAGGUGAAAGGUGUGACCAGCAUUUCCGCGGACACUCAUAAGUAUGGCUAUGCCCCCAAAGGCUCCUCGGUGAUCUUGUACAGUGACCUGAAGUACAGGAGCUACCAGUUCUUCACUGCUCCAGACUGGCAGGGUGGCGUCUACGCAUCCCCCACCAUGGCCGGCUCACGGCCUGGCGGCAUUAGUGCAGCCUGUUGGGCCACCCUGAUGCACUUCGGUGAGAACGGCUAUGUUGAGGCGACCAAGCAGAUCAUCAAAACCACUCGCUUCCUCAAAUCAGAGUUGAAGAACAUCAAAGGCAUCUUUGUCUUCGGGGAUCCUCAGUUGUCCGUCGUUGCUCUGGGCUCCCAUGACUUUGACAUCUACCGCCUGUCUAACCUGAUGAGUGCUAAAGGGUGGAACCUGAACCCCUUGCAGUUCCCGCCCAGUAUUCAUUUCUGCAUCACGUUACUCCAUACCCGGAAUCGAGUAGCCAUACAGUUUCUCAAGGAUGUCCGGGAAUCUGUCACCCAAAUCAUGAAGAACCCCAAAGCAAAGACCACCGGAAUGGGUGCUAUCUACGGCCUGGCUCAGACAACAGUUGACAGGAACAUGGUGGCAGAGUUGUCCUCGGUCUUCCUGGACAGCCUGUUCAUCACUGACGCCAUGACCUCGGGCAGCCAGAUGAAUGGCUCUCCCAAGCCCUGCUGAGCCUGGACCUUCAGAAGUUCUUCAGCAUGUGGAACAGACCUUGCUCAGCUUCGACAUCUGGCCUUACUCCAUAGAGCACAGCAGCACGGAUGGCAAGACAGCUCGGCCCUCAGGACUCUCCUUCCACCUUUUACCAUCCUUUCGUGACGUUUCGUCUGAAGCCCCCUGAAGGGCGUCUUCAUCAUAUAGUGAUCUUGCCCGUGUUUUAAGUGCUACACUAGGACUCGUUCUAACCCUCUCCUUCUCCAAACUCUAGCUUUCACCUUACUCACCGUGUGGCCGCUCUGUGCUGGUCACUCACCUUAGGGAAGCUGGGCACUGUUACCAGCUAGCGCAGGGCCCCUGGGCUGUCUCCAGCAGACGUUUGGCUGGUCAGAAUAGAAGCAUUUGUGCAGCUUGUUUCCCUUGGUGGCUUUUACGUGUCCCCGAAGCAGGGGGCUUUCUGCACCUUCCUCUUCACCAGUCGGCUAGUUGUCACUCAGAGUCACUUCCCUGGCUGCUGGUGUGCUUUCUCCAGCACAAGAUUGAGCAGAGAGCACAACGGGCGGGGCUAGUAUGCCUGCUCAGACUGGUACAGACGUCCCCUCCCAUGGCCUCUGCCAUGCUUGCUGUCCCAUCUGACACUCGGUUGCCACCACACUGAGGGCUUCUUGUUUACUUUGUUCAGAAGGGAGCCUGGCUUCCAGACCCGCUGGGUGGGACUUUCUGGACCCUGCUGCCUCUAUGGAUGGGCAGUGAGCAUGGCAG